AUGUGGUCAAACUUCCUGGCAGGAACGGAGGAUGCAGAGAGCCGAGGCUUGCCUCGGCGGAGGAGGGGUGGGAAGUCUUCGGGGAACCGUGGGCGGGAAAGCGCCCUGCGUCUGAGUCUGGCGAUGGGUCUGGUGGCCUUGCUGCUGAUGGCCACGGCUGCAGGGACAGAUCACUGGGCUGAACUGAGGUACACUGCCCCAGACAGCAACCAGACCUGCAGUACCGUCCGGCUGGGGCUAUGGAGGCAGUGUCAGACAGCAACCAGCAUCUCGCAGGCUGCAACGGCAGACAGGCAGUGCCCGGAGCUGGAGACACCGGCGGCUCUGUUUAUUGUGGUGGCGGUGCUGGCCGUCCUGUGCCUCUGCCUCAUGGUACUCGGCUCCCUCUCCAUCAGUAUGUCAUUGAGGCACAACCCGGACUUCCUCAUCAAACUCUCUGCUUCCUUCUUCAUCUCUGCUGGUCUGGCUGCUGUGGCAACGCUGUUGGCCUUCGACCAGGCUGUGCUUGGUCUUCAGCGGACCGGCCUCGAGCUGAGCUACCUCUGGUCUUUUGGCUGUACCCUCGCUGCCUCCAUCCUGUCCUCACUGGCUGGCACCUCGUUCCUCAUCAUUGCCCUUCCGGGGCCUGCCCUUGGCCUCUGCAACAGGGGCAAGGCCUCCAAGCCGGAGGCCUAG